AUGGGAAUACCGAAAUUUUUUAAAUGGUUGACUCGUCGUUAUCCUUAGAUCCUUCACAACAUUAAAGUUGAAGAAGAAUGCCCCCCAAUAGACAACUUAUACUUGGAUUUGAACGGAAUUGUGCAUAAUUGUAUUCAUGGAAAUGAUGCUAAACUACAUGAAAGGGUGAGUUAGCUUAAUAAUUUUGAUGAGGUCUGGGCAAAUAUAAUGAAAGCUAUAGAUGAGAUUGUUCAUACCAUAAAACCAAAGAAGGUAUUAUUCUUAGCUGUAGAUGGAGUUGCCCCAAGAGCUAAAAUGAAUUAACAAAGAGCAAGAAGAUUCAGAACUGCUAAAGAUUCUCAAUCUUUAAUUGAAAAGUUGAUAAAGGAGGGAAAAGAGGCUACUAAGCUAUUUGAUAGUAAUGCUAUUUCUCCUGGAACCAAAUUCAUGGAGUAACUUAGCAAACAGCUAGACUUCUUCGUUUAAUACAAAUAGAAUAUUGACCCUCUCUAUUAGUAGCUAGAGAAAAUUGUAUUAUCAGAUGGCUUUGUCCCUGGUGAAGGAGAGCAUAAAAUGAUGGAUUUCAUCAGAUAAGCCAAAUAAAAUCCCAACCAUGAUCCAAAUACUAAGCAUUGCUUCUAUGGAGCUGAUGCAGAUCUUAUUAUGUUAUCACUAGUUACUCAUGAGCCUAAUUUCAUUAUUUUAAGAGAAGAACAUGUAGUUAGAAAGACCAAAUAAGGCGGAGUAUAAAGAUUAGAUUUAUAGAGAACAAAUAAUUAUUAGUUGAUCUAUGUAAAUCUUUUAAGAGAGUAUUUUUAACUUGAAUACUCAAGAGUAGCCCCUUAAAUGAGAAUGAGAUUCGAUUUAGAGCGAAUUAUUGAUGAUUUUGUGUUUUUUUGCUUCUUUAUUGGUAAUGACUUCUUGCCCUCCUUAAUAUCACUUGAUAUUGGUGAAGGUUCUCUUGAUAAUUUGAUUGAUUUAUAUAAAAAGCUGCUCCCUUAAAUGAGUAAUUAUAUUACUGAGGCCGGUAAAAUUCAUUGGGAUAGAGCAGAGCCUUUUAUCAAAAUGCUAGCUGAUCAUGAAGCAAUUAGUUUGAAGAAAAGAAUAGUUUGUAUCAGAUAGGCUAAAAGUUAAAAGCUAAUUAGUUUUGAUUCAGAAUUAAACUAGGCACAAACAACUGUUGAUAAGACUUAGAUAAUCAAACAAAAAAUAAGACAGAAGCUUAUUGAAAAAAAGAAAAAGAAAAUUUUGGGUUUGUCUUAGAAAAAGAAAGACAAGUAACUAAAAAAAUUCUUACUUUUAAAGAAAUUUGAAGAGGAUGAAGUCAAUCAAUCGCUAACACAAACGUAAAAGCAAAUUAGAGAGUAGUAAUUGCUCAAGUAUAGAAAACUUAGAGAAUAGUAAAAUGUCGAUCAUAACAUUCAAAGUUAAGGAGAACCAUUAAGUGAAGAAUCUAAGAAAAUGGAAACUCUAAAGGAACUUAUUGCAGGCCUAAAGGAGGAAUAUUUCUCAGAUCUUAAUAUUGAUGAUUUAGACGAUGAUCAAGUUAGUGACGUUAGCGAGAGCGAAUUAAAUUUAGAAAACAUUCAAGAUGUCAAUCUUAACCAAGAAAUCGAAAAUAAGAUACAAGUCAUCUAGGAUUUAAACGAUAGAUAUGCUGAGGAAAACUUAUAAUUCAUGACUGACUUUAUCUCUAUGUAUAAUGAAGACCCAACUGAAGCUAAAAAUAUGUACUACAAGGCUAAAGUCAAAUUUGAUGGAAUAAGCUCAAAGGGCAACGUUUUGAAAAAAAGAAUGCUUAAAAAGUAUAUUGAAGGUCUUCAAUGGGUGCUUUAUUAUUACUAUAGAGGAGCUCAACAUUGGAGAUGGUACUAUCCUUACCAUUAUGCCCCAAUGAUUUCAGAUAUUGAUGAAAAUAUAGUCUAAAAUUACCUUUCAGGAAAUGUUACUAUAGAUUAAUUUGAAAUUGACGAAAAUUGUGCAAAUGUCAAUGAGCCAUACACGCCCUUCCAGUAACUUCUCUCAAUAUUACCUGUCAAAAGUUUACAUCUAUUACCUUAGGAGUAUUCUCAUAUUGCAUUGGGAGUUUUGAGAAAAUAUUUCCCAGAUGAUUUUGAUAUUGAUUUUAAUGGAAGAGCUCUACCUUGGGAAGCUACUUGCUUGAUUCCUUUUGUAGAUGAGUAACUUUUCAUUGAACAUGAAUAGUAACUAUUAAAAUAAAGUCAGUUGAACCCAGAAGAUAAAGAUAGAAAUCUCAUUAGUUUUGAGUAUAAAACUUAUGUAUAUGAUCCAAAACUUGACAAAGAAUAGCGUAAACCACUUAUCAGCUCUCUAAAUUUGUUUAAUGAAAUUAAAGAAAACUUAUGUAAGAUGACUAAGGAAUCAGAAUAUGCAAGUGUUGGAAAAUUCUCAUUUGAAGCCAAAUUACUACCAGGUGUAGAAUAGCCUUGCCAGCAAUUUCCAAGUUUUAAGUAUCUUAAUGUAGCGGGCAUUACAUUUGAUGAAAAAGUUAUAAAUGAAGUGGCGUUCUAGAGAGUUUUACUUUAAAUUCCAUCUUGUAUUGAAGAGAGAUCAACUGAGGAUCUUGAAAAUUUUGUAAAUAAAUUUAUCAAAUAAGCUUCAAAAGAGAUCUAUGUAGGAUUCCCUUUCUAGGUAGAAGCUUUUCCAACAAUUUUCGAAGACUCAAAAUUCACUUACAGCGUAUUUGGAGAUGAAUAUUCUAAUGUAUAUAAGGUACAUAGAGAUUACUAAGCAUCUAAUUAGGAGAAAUAUGAAUAUCUACAGAGUAGAUAAAAGUUCAAGCUUCAAGAUUUAGGAUUUGCAAUCGAGGAUCCAAAGGUAUUUGUUAGUGUUAGCAAAGUUAUAGGAGUAGGUUUUGAUUCACACAGAUGCUAUUAUUACAAAAUAUAUGACGAGACCUAAGAUUUGAUACCUCUGUGUAUGAUCUUAAGAAAAAGAGAUCCAAAUCAUUACCUAAAUGUUAAUUUAAGAUGCAACUCUUUGCCAAAAAGCUAUACAGUUGGUUCAGAAGUAGUGUGUCUUAACAUGCAUCUCUUUGGUGUGAUUGGCAAAGUGGAACAAAUUGAUUACUAGAGGAAGAGAGUUUCAAUAAAAUUCAAUAUAGAAGAGUAGCAAAAUAAAAUUCAUGAUCCAUUUAUGGGCUAAAAGUGCUUGCUUGCUGAGAAAGAAGAUCCUCUUAAUCAAAAUAUGAGAAGAUACUGGAGUGAUAAGCAAAUUGAAGCUGAGCUAAAGCUUAGAUAAGGCAUAAUUAACAAGCUAACAGGAUCUAUCCUUGUCACUUACAAUGAUCCAUAUAAGAUGGAUAGAUAAGUUAUUGAUCUUGGCUUAAAUGUCAAAAACUAUACCAAGAAGGUUCACAUUGCUGAGUAUGUCAGAUACGUAGUCGAAGAAGACCUAGCUGACAACUAAUAUGAUGAUUAUAACCAUAAUUACCAUGCUAGAGGUGCUAGACAUCAAAGAAAACAUUGGGAAUACUCUCAAGAGUGCUUCGAUAUUAUCAAAGAAUACAUUUCAACCUAUAGAGAAGUUUAUGAUUGCCUUGUAAGAACAAUGAAAUCUAACAAACAAAUGCUCUCCCUUAAAGAUAUAUAUCCAAAGACCGACCAAUAAGAUUCAAUCCCUAGAAUAAGGUAAAUCACUACAUGGCUUGAAAAUCUUCCUAUUUCAAAACUUCCAUAUGUUGAAAUGGGAUUUGAUGUACUGAAUUAGAAUCUUCUUCAAAGUAUCGUAUCAAAGGGGCAAAAGAUAAAGGAAUCAUACCAAUCAGUAGUACUCUAAUGCAGAGAAUUGGAAAUACUAGAUUGUCACUUGCUAUUCUAAGAGUAAUUCCCUUACUGGUCCCUCCCAUUCGACUCUAAAACAACUGAUGACUUCCGAGUAGGAGAUAGAGUAAUGAACAUAAUGAGUAUGAGAAGAGAGUAUGUACCUUUUGGUUUCAGAGGAACAGUGGUUGGAAAAACCAAUGAUAAAAUUAUUGUUUUGUUUGAUGAGCAUUUCCUUGCAGGCAACAAUAUUUAUGGAAACUGCGAAAAAUAUAGAGGGGGUUUCAUAAAUCCAAACAAUCUCAUUAAUCUUACAAAGAAGUUCACUUCUAUCAUAAACAAAAAUGAAUAACUAGUUGUCAGCUUCUAAGAGCAGCCACUAACCGAAGAGGAUUAAUAAGAUCUAUAAGCUUUAUAGCAAGCUAAUCCAGAGCAUCAAGUGUUUAUUCCCUAACAAAAAACUGAAAUGAAAAUUGAUAGAAAGCCAUUUUAUAAAUAAGGACCUAAAAAUGAAAUAAAGUAAAUAUAAAAAGAAUAAGUUGAGUCUGUCUAAGUAAUACAACAGGACUAAGCUGAAAUUGUAGCAAAUCAAGGAUUAAUUCAAUAGCAAUAGCAACAAGUUAUUUAACAGCAAGUACAAAUAUAGAUGGAGGAAUAGAAGUUAGAGCAGUAUUACCAUCAAGAUCCAGCAAUCACAUCAAUCAACACCUACUAACCAAUUAAUUAUCAACAACAAUAGAAUCAGGCAGCUACAAGUGGAUUCAAUUUGAGUGUGACCUAGAGUAAUGAUUAUUUCUACUCAGAUGAUAUUGAUUUUAUUCAAUAAGAAGAUUACAGAGUAGAUGAGGAACAAGAUAUGACUCAUAACUAAUUCUAGCAAUAGCAAGAAUAGCUCAUGCAUAAUCCUGAUUUCUAAUAGCUCUUAAAUAUGAUGAAUUUAGCUCAGCAAAUGCAAUAGCCUCUUAAUCUGUUUGGUGGUAGCGGUGUGCAAACAUUAAAUCUUAACGCCCCAGAAUUCGUAUUUUAACCAACACAGAAUAAUUCAUCUAAUCAGGAGGAGGAAAAGAAAGCAGAAUGA